UGAACCUAAACUUGAACUUUUAAGGUCAAGGGUUAGAACAAUAAUAAAAUACAUAAAAUUAUCUCUCUUCUCGCAGGCUAAAACCACAAGUGUUUCGAUGAACUUUUUCCUUAACAAAAUGAAGGCAUCUGCAUCUGAAUGCCCUUUGAUGAACAAGAUAUUCAUCAAUUUCCAUUUUUGAGGAACAUAAGCAAACCCACAAACUUGUCUUUCUCACCUGUGAAUCUUCCAGUUCCAAUGAGUGCCUUCUUCUAGUCUAUCUUAUUGUCUUAUCUGUGGGUUACUACACUGGAAUUUUUAACAGUCCCUUCUUACAGUUCUUGUCUUUCACAGCGAUGUCAAUUCACUUCAUUGGUCCAGGAAAUCAUAACGGCUCAUCUACUACACUGCAGGUUGCUGGAUGCAAAGGUCCAAUCUUUGAAGAUGGUCCAAACUUUGAUUUAGCUUUUAACCUUUUCCAUGUAAAGGAUGGGGUUGUCCCACUUUCCAGGAAAUCACGUUUUCAUGCUGAUGAUCAUUUGGAUCCUCGUUCUGCUCAAGUGUUUAAUCCGUUAGCUGCAAAAGUAGCUACGAUUAGUUUGUCCGCAUUUGGACUCGGGGGACCAUUUGCUUUCAACUUCUUUUCUGAUAAGUGGAAGAAGGAGAAGCAGAAGUCAGAGUCCUCUGGGGAAAAGCAUAAUUUUGCUCAGGAUGGUCGUCGUAUUAAGAAAUAUCGAGGCAUGGGUUAUCUGGAAGCAAUGACAAAAGGAAGUGAUCAACGAUAUCUUGGGGAUAUUUGAAGAUUACUUUCAUGAUUGCAAUGUUUCGAAUUAUGAUCAAGGACAAAUUGAUGAAGUCAGAGCUCAAUGGACGCGUCAUGUUCUUUUCGUGUGAAUAUUGUGAUGUAUUAAUUAUGUUUUUCGACUAGAAUUUCUCUAGAACGUUUUAAUUUUAUUUUAUUUGUUUGAAAUUAAAAGAAGUACUAUAUGACAAGGAUACUUCUUUCUGUUUUCUAGUGUGUUUUUAUUCUACUGUGUAUUUAGGUAUAUAUGAUUUUAAGUUAUGUACGAGACAUCGAGACGUUUAUUUGAUAUGAUAGAAAUGAAGUUGGAUCUUAUAUAUAUUCAAUUUGA